CCAAUCACAUUUGAGUAUUUCAUAAACAUUCAAUAUGGUGCACGAUGCUGUCUGACGUCUUUGUUUGACGUUAUAAAACAGUUGAAAUUGAAACUUUACACGCGAUUUAAAUUGCAAUUUUUAUAAUUUUUGAUUAUUUUUGUAGACAUUUUGGAAUACUAAGAUAUUCUUUUGGCGUAAUUUUCUUCUGUGAAACAACCUUGUACGAAAAAGUUUACUAAAAUAGUUGUGUUUAUAGCUAUUCGAAAUGGAAGUGGAUGGUGUUGAAAAUUUGAAUAAUAACACUGCGGAUGCAGGAAAAUUUGCUCAUUUGAAAGCUUUUGUGAAUGCAGCUCGUGAGUUUGAGGCUACUCACAGUGAUUCUGCUGUGAAUUUAAUGACUCGUUAUUUAGGGCUAAUAGCAUCAUCAUGUGACCUGUCUAUAUUUUCUCCGGGGCGGUCGGAAGUAUGUGCGUUCUUCAGCUCAUUGUGGCGUGUGAUGUGCGAUGGCAGGGGUCCCCACUGGGCUGGUGUCGCAGUUCUGGCUCGCGCGUCUAUAGAACCCAGCGCAAGACACGCACUUACACAUACAUACAAGUUCAUGCCUAUACUAGCAAGACUACUAUCAGAUGUUAUCUCCAAUGAUAAGAAGAUCAAACUAUUGUCAGUAAUGCAAGACAUAUCCUACAACAUUAAAAUUAGCUGGCAAGAAUCCUACCUUGCCGGUCUGAUGAAACAGCUGACGGAGUUCAUAAUGCACCCAAUGGUAGAACCACAGCACCGCAUUAUAGGGCACAAAUCCCUCACAGUUCUUGUGAAUGUGUGCUACGGGAAUCUGCCUGCUAUCUAUGCUCUAAUGAGAACUGUAGACACUAAGGAAUUUGUUGUGCAUCUUAUAAAUUUGAAGGAGGGUGGGUACGGCGGAGUGGAAGUAUGUCGCCUGCUGCUGUGUCUCUCGGGCGCCACACGCGGCGCUGCUGCCACGCGACAGCCUGACGUGCACAGUUACCUCUGCUGUACCAUGCGAACCUUCCACAAAGCGGUCAUUGAUAAAGACGAGACCCAGCUGCUGCACGCGUACACAUUCCUCCACGACCUGUGCACCGACACCAACCUGCGCAACAUGGUACUCAACUACCAGAACUUCAGCACCGCGCUCAAAGAGUCGCUCAAGGAAGUGGAGGCGCUAUGUCAGUCUGCUCCAGAUGAAAUGGGUGAACCGGAGACCCAAGUGAACUGUCUGCGGAAUGUGCUCAAAUUUCUCACUGUUCUCGUCAAUUUAGAUCUAUACUCACUGCGGUGCCACCACUGCCAACUAGUAUGUCUGUGCAUGAAGGCGAGUAACAUCUGUCUACCGGAAUCGUUGGAGUUGUUCGCCGCCAUCGUCUCGCAGUACAAAGAGGAGGGUCGCUUGCCCGUGGAAGUGUUUUCGGCGAUCAGUGAUGGACUGCCCGGGUUACUUGUACCACCGUCCCUGGAACCCGGCAAGGCGGGACUGCAGUGGUUGCAAGCAGUGGGCGCGCUGUGCGAGUCAGCUGAGACGGUGUCGCGUGUGGUCGCCGAGGUGACGCCGGACGCCUUCGAGGACACGCUAUAUAACGUCCUGCAUUACACUUCACAGAACGGCGCGGUGGGCAUGGAGCAGGCGCAGGCGGGCGUGGCGCUGGGCUGCCGCGUGGCGCUGCAGCUGGCGCCGCACGCGCGGGACUGGGAGCACGCGCUCAACCGCCUGCUGGCGCACCACCAGGUGCGCAAGCUGCUAUGUGCGGGUCUGACGAGCAGCAACGCGGCGCGGCGGCGGCAGAUCCUACAGCUAGUCAAACAUCACUAUUUUCCAUCUGAUCAAAUGAACCAGGUGUUCGGCGAGAGCCUGCAGCUGUCGGAGGCGGGCUCGGAGGCCCGCGGCGGCGGCGAGGCGGGCUGGGUGGCGCCGCGCCUCACGCCCGCGCAGGAGCACGCCAUCGACGCGCUCGUCACGCGGCUGCACGACGCGCUGCACAACAACAAGAUAUCGGACAUCGCUACGUCAAGCGUCAUGGAGCUAUACAGCUAUAAGAUCACCUGUCUCGAGCAGAGGCUACACUCGCAUUCUGUUGCGCUGCAGGGCGCCACAGACCAGAUGGCGGGGCUGCAGCACUCGCUGGCGAUGGUGCAGGCCGCCAACUCGGCGCAGCACGAUGUGCUCUACAACACGCAGAUGCAGAACGAGAAGCAUAAAAAGACCAUAGACCAGCUGCACAAACAGCUGGAAGACGCGGAGGCGACGGUGCGCGGGUUCCGCGUCAAAAUAGCCGCCGAGCGCGUCGACAAGGAGAACCAGAAGGAAAACCUGCAGAAGGAGUUCCGAGCGCAGAUCUCCAAUAUGGAGAGUGAAAUGAAGGCGCGGGAACGAGAAGCCGAGGACCGGUUACGGCAGGCCGACGCCGAACUUAAAUCAUUGCAGAAGAAACUCGAACAACAGACGAGUAAAAACAACGAGUUGGCGGGCGUGCUGAUAAAGUUCGAGGAGCGAGUGAAACAGCGAGACAAGCGGCUCGAAGAGUGCGCCGCCACAGAGGCCGGCUUGCGGCGGGACAUAGAACAUAGGGAUGCGACGAUAAAACAACUAGAGAAGACGGUGCUGGAGCGUGAGAACAGGAUAUACCAGGUGACGAAGCAGCUGGAAGAGAUGAAGCGCGUGCAGGAGAUGGUCGCGCAGCUCAUGAGCAAAAGCGCCUCCGUCGCGCCCAGCUAGCGACGUGACAUUGAUAAACUUCACAACAUAUGACUGAAAUAUCUCAGGCUGAAUUUGAAGUAAGUUAUUUAUACUGCAAUGAAAUGCGCCUUCCGAUCAUCAUGGUAGAUUUUAUUAUUUUUACACGAAAUGUUUCAUAUUUAGUAUAUGAAUGUAGCAAUUAUGUGUUAUGAUGCUGUAUUAGAUUAAAUUUGAUAUUGUAUAGAUUAUUUUAACAUCUCCUUGACUUGAAAUAUAAUG